AUCGUCGAUAUCGUGGAACUGGAAGGCCAAAACAAAAUUAAUUCAUGUGUUCCUUCCUCCAUGAUUAAUUUGACCGUGUAAAUCUCCCGUAAAGUGACGGUUUUGCAUGAUGGCAUUCCCCAGCUUCACCGUAGUCUUCGCCAGGCAGCUACGGGCCCUGGCCACAGCACCCAGAAUGGUCCGUCACCGGAGCAGCGGCAGCAGCAGUGGCAGUAGAUUCACCGAGCGAGCCAAGAAGGACCUCCGGAAUGCCUUCGCCAUGCCCGAGAAGGAAGGGCUUGACGAACACAACCGGCCGCCCCACGAGACGGACGUACUCAUCAUCGGAGGUGGGGUCAUGGGGUCCAGUAUUGCAUACCACCUCAAGAGGGAUUCGGAGGUUGGGCUCAAUGUCCUUGUCGUGGAGCGAGACAACAUGUACACAAGAGCAUCGACAACUCUCUCUGUGGGUGGCAUCCGUCAACAGUUCUCUAUUCCAGCCAAUGUUGAGAUGUCGAUGUACAGUGCCGAGUUCCUUAAGACUGUCAAGGAGCACCUUUGUGUAGACGACGCAGACCCACCUGACAUCCAGUUCAACCAUGGCAGCUACUUGAUUCUUUCCUCAGAGAAUGGCGUGGAACAGAUGAUUGAGAAUCACAAAAUACAAAAGGAGUGUGGAGCAAUGGUGAGCCUCCUGACUGCUCCACAACUGAAAAGCAAAUUUCCCUGGUUGAACACCGACGACCUAGCUCUUGGAUCGUAUGGAUAUGAUAACGAGGGCUGGUUCGAUCCCUGGUCCCUCCUCAAGGCCUUCAAGGAGAAAGCUCUGUCCCUGGGAGCGCAGUAUGUCCAUGGGGAGGUGACAGGGUUCGACAUAUCCCAGGUACCCCCUGCACAGGCUCCAAUGGCCCUAUGCACAGGGAGCGGACGAAGAAUCCGAACUGUCAAGGUGAAGCUGCCCAAUAGUCCCGAGACAAUCCCGGUCAAGUGCUCCAUGGUGGUGCUAGCAGCGGGGGCGUGGUCGGGGGAGGUGGCCCAGCUUCUGGACAUCGGCCGAGGCUCGGAGGAGGACCUCCUGGACAAGCCUGUCCCCGUCUGCCCCCGGAAGCGCUACGUGUUCGUGGUGCAUGCCCCGGAUGGUCCUCUCCUAGAUUGCCCGCUGCUCGUUGACAACACAGGCUGUUACAUGCGACGGGAGGGCUUCGGUGGGAACUACUUGUGCGGUCGAUGUCCGGCAACCGAAGAGGAGGAGCCAUGUUGUGACAAUCUGCAAGUAGAUUACGACUUUUUUGAGCAGUGCAUUUGGCCGCAUCUUGCAAACCGGGUUCCUGCCAUGGAAAAUUUGAAGAUCAAAAGUGCCUGGGCCGGAUUCUACGACUACAACACCUUGGACCAGAAUGCAAUCAUCGGCAUCCACCCGGCCUACCCAAACUUGUACCUGGCCACUGGCUUCAGCGGCCACGGAAUCCAGCAGUCGCCAGCGGUGGGGCUGGCCAUCAGCGACCUCAUCCUGCACGGUAAGUUCUGCACGCUGGACCUAUCAGCAUUCAGCUUCGACCGCAUCAUGUGCGACCAGCCGUGCAGGGAGAAGAACAUUUUUUAAGGUCACACAUGAAAUCCAAGACAGCGUUUUGGUCCAGGAGGAGGUUCACAACGAGAACACAGCUUGCUCCACUAAAACUCCCUCUAAGCUUAAUUUGUUGUCGAAACAGGAUUUUGAUUCUCAGAUGCGGGUUAGAAAAUGGCAGGGUUAAAAUACAGUUUAGGAAUGACAUACUUUAACAUACAUUGGGAAAAGUUCCAUAGAACAUCAGAAUCUGAAAUUGUUUUAAAAGCAGCAUUUCUGUAUGGUAUUAACAUGACCACGCAGAGAAAUUUUUGAAAUAGAUUCUUUCUUUUGAUACAUUAAAAUGUAUUUUUGAGUGUUCAUGUACAUGUAUUCCAAACAUUAAUUCAUUUUACAAUUCUUGUAAAAUAUAAUGUACAAUUAUCUUCUGAAACUUUGUCGUUCAGAGUCCUUUAUCAGUCAUCGUUGACUUUUCUGCAGUGUGGAAAAGUCAUUCUCUUUGUACUGAUUUUGGGCAUUUCUGCCAACUUGACCUUAAAAACCUUCUAUUUUGGGUUUAUUUAUUUAUUUUUUCUUCUAUUUCCAUCCCAAAUCCCAUAGUCUAUGUAGAUUGUUUUUUCCUAAUGUCACUUUGGAGACUUCUUAAGCUUAGAUCUUGAUGAAACUUGGCUUAAGCAGUCUUUAAAAAGGAAGUCUGAUGUCAUGAUGGUGUUAUCAACUGAAUGUGUAAAACUUCUCUAUUUUAGUAUGAAACCCAGACACUUUGUCUUAUGACACACAUAUAUGUGUACAUAACAAGUAUAGUGGAACCCUGUUAAAAUAAGGUCCUUGAAACUCAACAAAUCACCAUAUUAUAACAAAUACCUUGUAUUAUCAGUAAUGAAAAACAUAGAAAAGCAAAGACUUGGGUCCCACAUUUUCCUGGUUAUAAACAUGACAUUGUCUAGUGGCAAAA